AUGAAUAAGGAUUGGAUUUAUGAUGAAACUCGACCACCAAUCAAGACCAUCCGAGUAGCCAACAACAAAGAACUGCGAGUUGAGUCCUGUGGUAAGGUGAACAUUCUUGUAAAAAGUAAGAAUGGAUCUACAAACAGUAUACAGAGACAUCAUCUGAACUACGAUGACAUGAAGAAGCUGAAACAUCACACUGAUGGUGUGAAAAUACCUCAGAACAGUGAACUGACCUGCGUGCCAUGCAUUAAAGGGAAACAGGCAAGGUCACCAUCCAUCAUGUGA